GUCAAUCCUCAAGAUGGCGGAUUCGCAGGACAGCAUAUUAGACUCGGUCUUGCAUGGAAAUCUGACGAGUAUACCUGAGCCGCCUUCCAGGGUUGUGAAGAUAAUGAUCGUGUCAUCAAAAACAGAUUUUGAAUUGGAAAGGCGAUACCUGCACGAAAACGUUUGGCCUGAAAUGCAAAGACACUGUGCGGCAGUGGGAGUUGAUCUCGAAGUUCUGGAUGUGCAGCAAGGAGUAGAUCUCGAUUCUACGUACGAUCCACACGCAUUUGGGCAGCAACUCAGGGAGAUUGAAAAUUGUCACCAGGAAUCUCUCGGAUGUUUUUUGUUGUGCAUGAUUGGUAAUAAGUACAAGCCCUGUCCUCUACCGUGGUGUAUCGAAGCUACAGAGUUCGAUCCAAUCUAUGAAAAGGCCCAAGAAGCAGGUCUAGAUGUUAACCUUCUAAACCAAUGGUACACGCUCAACUCAAAUAUGGUACCACCAGCUUACGUCGUCCGUUCUCUAGACUCAAAAAACACAAAAUUCUCAUUGAGGCGUCCUCCCGAUAUGCGAAAGAAAGAUUUCGAAGCUGAAGCUCAAGAAUGGAUCGAAGAGGAAGAACAGGUCCUGAAAAUCAUCCAAUACGGUGCACGGGUGGCACACCAGGAAGGACUCAUUAACCAAAACAAAGACACCAGGCAGAGAAGAUACUUCAUGUCAGGUGUUUAUAAUCAAUUAGAUUUCGCUCUUAGCUUGUCCUCAAGUGCUCAACAGCGAAUUCUAUGCGUGAUAAGACAAAUCGAAGGAUUUGUCUGCAACGACCCAAGUAUUUCCCAAUACAUUGAUGUAUCAUCCCAAGAAAGUUUCUCCGCAGAUGAAGAAUCAGCUUCCAGUUUACAAGGUCUGAUAGAUGAUGUCAUAUUUUCUGUCAACCGAAAGAACAUACACUAUUUCAAUGUGCCAUGGAAAGAAGGUGGUCUCGACUCCAGUUAUUCUGAACACAGAUAUUAUCUGGAGAAAUUCGGAAAUUCAGUAUUCACUAACAUCAAAUCACUUGUGAACGAAGACUUGUUAGCCACUACUCCUGAUUGGCAGAAUCUCCCGCCACGCAUCAGGAAACCAAUUCAGGAAGUAGUAAGAGAGUCACAAAGCCAUUUAAGCAACAGCAGACAACAUUUGAGAGUCCUCGGAGUAUCACAAUCCUUAGACAGCGACUGUGGACCUCUACUUCAAAUCCAAAAUCUGAUGCUGGGGCAGGAAGAUACAUGCAUAAGACAUUCACCUGUCAUUGUCUGCGGUCAAGACGGAUCAGGAAAAUCAACACUACUCUCACAGGUAUUCAUGUACUCUCCCGAAUGGCUUGGAAAUGAUGUGGUCAGGAUAAUCCGCCAUGUUGGUCGAAGUCCGUGCACUUCAUUUACGCCUGAACUUCUUCGAAAUUUAUGUUUACACAUCAGUUUACUUUUUGGUUUCGAGAUAACACCAAGGCAUUACAGCUUCGAGCUUGGAAAACUCAGUAUAUGGUUUCAGGACCUUCUUAAACUCGUUGAAGCCAAAGACAAUGAUCUCAUUAUUGUGCUCGACAAUCUCCAUUCUUUGCGAUGCGCACCAAACAACCAGGCAUCUAUCUUGGGAUGGCUGCCAUGGAAUUUACCACCAAAUGUUCACAUCAUUUGUUCCAUAUCGGAAGAGGAGGAAAAAAUUCUUGGUUUGUUGAAAACCAGAAUAUCCACCAGUGAAAAUUUCGUGUACAUAUCAUCUCUAAAUGGCCAAUCAGCACUGAGUAUGAUGCAGUCAAACUUAAAAGAUAACAAACAUGUGCUAACAUCAGAUCAAUGGCAGGUAGUGAAACAAAGAAUAAAUGACAAAUCUGUGAGCCCGCUAUAUGUAAAAUUGCUCUCAAGUUUAGCCAAGCGAUGGCCAUCUUACAAAAGCUUAAAUGACAAAGAUGUACCUCUGAGUAUAGAAGAAAUUGUGAACAUAUUUUUGAUAGAUCUCGAAAACAAAUAUGGAGUGGAGACAAUCAGGAAAAUUGCAACAUACUUGACUUGUACCAGUUUUGGACUCAGAGAGGCUGAAAUUGUGGAACUUCUAGCCUCUACAGAAUAUGAAGGUCCGCAACUAGAUAAUGAUGUCGAUAGCAAGAAAGUUGAAUUUUCGCCAAUAAAUUGGUUGGAUAUCAAGAAAGAACUGAGUGUUUUGAUGAAAAUGUAUUACGUAGAUAAAAGGCCGUAUUUAUACUGGAGCCAUACAACAAUAGCCAACGCCAUCAAAUCUCGAUACCUUCCCAACAGCAAUGACUCUCGCUUGUGCCAUGCAGAUCUUGCACAUGCAUUUCAUUUAGGUUUUCUCAUGGAAAAAGAACAAAAGGGUUCUCCUCUGGACGAAUCCAAGUCGAAACGUAAAGAAGACUGGUCGGAUAUGUUGAGAGAGAUUGAUGAGCUCUGGUACCACUUCAUGCUCAGUGGAGAUCAUAAGAAGUUGAAGCAAGAUGCAGUUUGCAACUUCGAUUUUCUUCUUGCUGCUACUAGGGGCGCUUCAAUCAGUUAUACUCGCAGUGUACUGGAAAUAGUGAGAUGUCAGAUGCUGGACUGGGAAGUGGAGUUGCUUUACAGCAUGACAAAACAAUCUGUGGAUGUUCUUAGCCAAGAUCCGCAACAAUUAGCAACCGAAAUCAUCAACUGGUUGAGACCAUUCUUGAAUGGUACUACUGAAACCAUGGAUCACUUGGUUAACAAUGCUCGCGAAUGGUGUAACAAUAACGUCAUCCCUAUACUUGUGCCUCAAAACAACUGGUUGACUCUAAGUCUUCCACCUCAAGUGACAAUGAUGACUUGUCCCCACCCUAUCACACACAUGGUGAGCACGCCUGAUAGUCAACAUGUGAUAUGUUGUUCUCAAGAAACCAACAUUGAAAUGUACCAUCUACCUUCCCGAAAUUUUGUUCGCAUGUUUCCAGGGCACAAGGCACGAAUAACAUGUCUGUACCUGACACCAUCGGGAAGAUGGCUUCUCAGUGGAUCCAAAGAUUCGGAAAUCAUAGUUUGGAAUGUAGAGAAAGGAGAUAUCGUUCACAAACUGACGCACCAUACUUCAGGUGUACAGUGCCUAACGACUAUCCAUUCUGAAGUACUUAUUAUUAGCGGCUCAGACUCAGGGGUCGUAGCUAUCAGUAGAAGAGAUAAUGGUCAAGUGAUCCAUAAACUGGAAAACCAUAGAGGUGUCAUUAGCAGCGUAGCAGUCAACUCUGGAGAUGAUAUUUUUGCUUCAGCUUCCACAGACCGUUGCGUUUGUAUAUGGAGUCUGGAAGAUUUCACCUUGCUGAAUACAAUCCAUCUCACUUCUCCCAUUACCCAUAUGGAUAUCUCAUGGGAUUCAACAUUCUUGUUACUUGCCUGUACUGACCAAUCUGUACAUGUACGGUCAUUGACCACGGGCUCCGAUGUUCAUUGCCUUUACGGCCAUACGUCUCCAGUUACAUCUUUAUGUUUCGCCAGGGACAAUUGCAGAUGUGUGGUUGGUUGCAAAGAUGGAAAAAUCUAUCUCUUUGACAUACAUUCUGCGAAGCUGUUACAGACCCUCACAGGACACAGUGAUCCUGUCUCCAGCAUUCAGGCUCAAGACAACGAUCGAUUUCUUAUAACAUCAGGAGGUAAUAAGAUCGUUGUAUGGAAUUUCUUCUGUAAAAAAUCUGAAAUGUUCGGCCCAAAAUCCCGCAGCAGGAAAGAAGAUAAGCAUCAAGAGCCAGUUACAUGUGUUGCUGUUUCAAGAGACGGAUCUCUUGCAGUUUCAGGUUCCAGGGAUAAAGUAGUGAAAGUCUGGCAGCUGAAUUCAGGAGAACUCCACGCUAGUCUGAAAGGACAUACAGCCAGUAUUACUUGUGUGGCUUUCUCCCCGAAUGGCUUGUUUGCUGUUUCAGGAUCAGAUGACGCCACACUUAAAGUCUGGGGCCUCACGCUAGGGCUUAUAGUCUCAACAUUUCAGGAACAUCAGAGUAAAAUCACCGCUGUGGCGAUAACAUCUGACAGUCGAAGAAUUCUGUCUGUAGACUCUCAAAGUAAUCACCGUCUGUGGCAGGCCGAUACUGGAGUACAGCUAGUAGUUUGCUCCAAGCCUUCUCACAACGUGGCUGUCCAUGCCAACAUGGUGUUUGCAGUGGGAGGUAAAAACGACAGCAGCCUAAAGUUUUGGCCAGUGAUGGAUAUGGAUUCCGAAAAGUCUGUAAGUCACAGCGAUGCCAUCACCUGCUUUACUGUCACCUAUGACUGCCAGACAAUCGUGACAGGAUCGAAUGACAUGUCACUGAAAGUGUGGGAAGUAGGCACAGGAAAACUCACUCAGGUUCUAGUUGGUCAUGAAGGUCCUGUUACGUGUGCAGCCUGCGCCCCCCUCAGUCCUUCACUUGCAGUAUCAGGAUCAGCUGACUGCAAUUUGAUCGUCUGGGAUCUUACAACAGGGAAUGACAAUUUCACACUACGUGGUCAUACUGAGAAUGUUACAUGCGUCAAACUUACCUUGGAUGGAACAUUGGCAAUAUCUGCUGCUGAUGAUAACACUUUAGGCAUUUGGAGCACAAGUACCGGUGUUCGGUUGGCUGUGCUAGGUAUUCACCAAACCAUCCUCAAUAUGGCUGGUGCUCUAAAUCUUUCCCAAGUAGUGCUUCAGCUGGCUAACCAAAAUGUAGUUCCAUUCCUCAAACUGCACAACAAUCCAACUAAAGGUAUGAUCUUAGAUCUACCACCUGGAACACCAGUUACAGAAGAAGCUAAAACUUCAGGGCAUUCUUGGAGAGGAGUUGUUCCCCAAAGAGUUCUACUUCGUGGCAAUCUGAAGCGCGAGCAAUCAUUUGACUCAUUUUACUGGGAUCUGAGAUCAGCGUCCCCAAAACACGAUCUGGGUUUGAGUCUGGAAGAUUUUCGAAGAGUUCCUUCCCCAUUCGGAUCAAGAGAGCACCUACACCUAGCUGGCACUGUCUGGGAUGGUCGAUUAGGGGGACGUGGUAUCCCUCACUCUUCCGAUUUACAACCCAAAGCUAAAUUACCCAAGCACAAGAUGCUAAAAAAGCAACAAAGCAUGUUUGCCUGCUUCCCAGAGUUCAUGACCCAGCAAACAGCUCCUCAGCAAUUGUUAUCUCCGCAAGGGCUGGUGAAAGAUCUCGAGCAACAGAGGAAAGUGACUGAUUUUGGGCGACUUACUCCAAAACUGAAAUCUUUAAGCAGAGCAGCCAGUCUGGAAGAGACGGGUGCCAAUUCUAACGGCAGCCAAGAAGGUGCCAAUAUAUCUGUGGUAAAGCAGUCCGCUGUGUGCACAAUAUCUUAAUUGUAUAUGUGUAUAUAUGAAGUAUUGCAAUGACUUGUGUUCCACAUCCUAUUUCGGAUACAGCACUCAUUCAGAGAAAAAGCAAAUAUUUCGAGUCAAUAUUUUAUUUAAAAUAAGCGUUUCUUGACACACUAUUUUUGGAAAUAAAAACACAAUUAUAACAUCCCAGAAUAUAACCUUGGAAAGAAAUCCAGCAUCAUUUUUUAUGCGCGAGGUAUAAACAUUCCUAUAAACAAUAUUUCUUUCAAUACCUGGUAAUUAAUGUUUAUGUUCAGUUAAUUAGCUAUGUUUUUCAAGUUUUUUUCAAAUAAUAUCUUUAAGCUUAAAGCAUUUACAACUAUGCAUAUCAAUAGUAUUCGUAUGACAUAUUGCACAUGUAUGUUCCUUAGGUGCGUGAAAUGAAUUUAUUUCCCAUUUUUUGAACAAACAUCAAUGUAUCAGAUAAACCGAAUUCAUCUGGAAUCACAAAUUAUUUUAUUAUAGACACAUUCUAAAAAUGUACACACUACAUAUUUAGUAUGGAGUAAUCCCUUUAAGUAAAAUUUAAAUUAAAAAGUGAUUACAUUUACAAAACGUCCAUUGUUACAGUAAUAAAUACGACACAUUCUGUUAAAUACCAAAUGUUACUUUGUCUUUAAGGCUAAAGUUUUUUUUUGUUUGUUUUUUUGUUACUGUUACAGAAAAAUUUCCGCAGCUCACUUUGCAGGUCUUCAUACAUAUGACCUCAUAUUUUAUUUCAGUUAUUUUAGUUGCAAGAAAUUUUGAGAAAAUCUCAACAAUUCCAAUGUAUUUAUUACAAUUGUUUUUAAUUAAAUAUGCUAUUUUCUACAUGCUU